AUGAAACCCAAAAUCAAAAUCCUCUGCCUACACGCUCGCGGGACGAGCGGUGACAUCUUCAAAUCUCAGACGUCUUCCAUCCGCUCUCGCCUCGCAGACUUAAAUCUAACCUUUGACUUCCUCGAUGGUCCCUACCCUAGCAAUCCAGCGCCGGGAAUUGACCUCUACUAUCCGCCGCCCUACUAUACAUACUAUGCCGAAAGUCCACAGAACACAACCAUCGACUCUAUCAGGUCGACGCAGGAUUGGUUGUACGGCGUCAUUGCUGAACGAGGACCGUACGAUCUCGUCAUGACCUUCUCGCAGGGUGCAAUGGUUGCAGCGGAGGCGCUUUUAAUGCAUCAGGUCGAGGCCGAACGUGGACUGUGCCAACAGAGCCAGUCCGCGAUUAUCGACGGAGUUCACGAUGAAGAAGGCCGUGGGAACAAGAUUGCGGCAAAUGGAGAAACGGUUGGGAAUGUACUGCCACCAUUUAAGUCCGCGAUCUUCAUCUGUGGCGGCGCACCGCUCACCCUCCUUGAACACAUUGGGUACAAUAUCCCCGAGAUCACAAAGGCCCGAGACCUGGCGAGUCGCUCUGCGCUGGCGCAGAUGGCUGGGACCGAGGCGAUCUUGUCCAAAGGGUCAGCGCGGUGGAUGGCGAAUCCAGCAAUCCCACCGAACUUCAAUAUGAGCAUGAACCUAAGUUUCGGCCUCACCGGCUCAAAUGCUAGCCUCAACGGGCUUGUAAAAAUCAGGAUCCCAACCGUGCAUAUCUACGGCGAGCGCGACCCGCGCUAUAUCGCGGGGGUCCAGCUCAGCGAGGUGUGCGAGAAGAGGAGCAGAAAGGAGUAUAACCAUGGGGGUGGACAUGAGAUUCCGCGGUUUGAGGCUGUUAGCGGAGCGAUGGCGGAUUUAGUAAGGUGGGCAGUUAGGGCUGCGGAGCGGCAGGGGGAUGGGGGUGGAUGA